CUGGUAGGUCUACUUUACUGACUCAUAACAACAAUUGGCCACUUAACGGGCGCAUACCAGGAAAAACUAUGAGUUUGAAAGAUAAUUAAUAAUAAUUGUUUGUUUUCAGAAACGGAUACUGUUUUAGCCUAAACAGCUCAGUAUUGCUCCACUUUCCAGAUAUCCGGUGGAUUUAUUUGAAAGGGCAGCGGGCGCUUUCCAUGGUGCUGAAUGGCUGUUAAAACGCAGUGUUCCUUUGAAAGUGUUUCAGAAUUCCCUACAAGCAGCCCGCGAAAUGUUGUCCAGCAGCGCUCAAAACUUCGCUUAUCUUCUCGCUCACCGCACACGCUCAAAAGGUGGAGUUUGUUAGUGCGUUGCUUGAGACCCCGGCUGCCUGUGGCUAUUGGAAAAGGCUGCUAAAAUCCCAGUCUCAUCAUUGGCAAUGCAAAAGCAGGAGGGACCGGAACAAGGACAAGAGCGCAGUUCACCUGUGUUUCAGGAGGUAGCCUAGCAGUGUGGUUUCUGCUCUACAGAGAGAAGACGCAAUUCGAACCGUUCACUCGUUGUAUCGUGACAUGAGAAAAGUGUCGCUAGCCAUGAUUUCAACGUGCAGGUGAAACCGGAGAAGAUGUUUUUUAUUUCAGUCCCACUGCACAACUUCUAAAACAAAAAAACAAUAAUUAAUCUUGUUUAUCGUCCGCGAGCGCUCAAAUAUUUCGCGCCACUCUCAGACGUCACACUUUCUCAAAAACUAUAAACUGUUUGGAGUGAAAACAAUGUCCCGCAAAAAGGCGGGUAAGGGCAAAAACGCCAACAGCAGCCCGACGACAGGCAUCCCCACCGGAAACCAGAAAGGGGAAACUGGGAAGAGCACCGCAGGGACGGGGAGCGUGGUGCAGGCGAAUGGUAUGGUUCAUCCGAGCAGACCCUCACUCAGCAACAGCAGCGAGUUUUAUGACAUCGCAUUCAAGGUGAUGCUGGUGGGAGACUCCGGGGUGGGGAAGACCUGUCUGCUGGUGCGCUUCAAAGACGGAGCCUUCCUGGCAGGAAGCUUCAUCUCUACUGUGGGCAUCGACUUCAGGAAUAAAGUGAUGAACAUUGACAGACUGAAGGUGAAGCUUCAGAUCUGGGACACAGCUGGACAGGAGCGUUUCCGCAGCGUCACACACGCCUACUACCGUGACGCCAAUGCUCUCCUGCUGCUGUAUGACGUGACCAACAGAACAUCUUUUGACAACAUCAAGGCCUGGCUGACUGAGAUCCAUGAUUACGCCCAGCAGGAUGUGGUCCUGAUGCUGCUGGGAAACAAGGCUGAUGCCACACAGCAGAGGGUGGUGAAGAGAGAGGAUGGAGAGAGGCUGGCCAAGGAGUUUGGGGUUCCAUACAUGGAGACCAGUGCAAAGUCUGGCCUCAAUGUGGAGUUAUCCUUCACUGCUGUGGCCAAAGAGCUGAAGCACAGGUCUAUGAAGGAGCCCAACGAGCCCAAGUUUAAGCUUCAGGACUACGUCAACAAGGAGAUGAAGAGUGCUGGAUGUGCAUGUUAGAACACUGGGUGUGUGUGUGUGUGUGCGUACAUGUGCGCUUGCUAGCUCAUGUCCUUCUCCACAUCAGAUGUGUUACACUCAUACAAGGUGAUGUUAUAUGACUACCUGUGGCCUCAGCCUGUGAGAUAGAGAGCCAAUCGUGUGUGAGAUAUACCUACGUCACUAACCACCCAGUUUGUCUUUCCUUUGUCCUCUAUGCUCUCUGAAAUAAUCCAUUAUGUCCAUAUUCUAAGGUUAUCUGUGAGGCGUCUCUCUCCUCACCUCCCUCUUUUCCUCUCCUUUCUCUCUUCUCUCCUCUCUUCACCUCUCUCCCAUCUCUCCUCUCCUCAGCUUUCUCUUUUCCUCUCCUUUCUCUCUUCUCUCCUCUCUU